CACAGGGUUCGUUUAUGGACUACACAUGGGCUGCUAACACCGAGCGGCAGGAAAAUAUAUCGAUAUUCAAUAUUUUUUGAGUCGACCGUCAUCAUGUUGAAAUCUAAAACAUUUGUAAAGAAGACCCGGUCGGGUGGGGUACUGAAAAUAGUGCGUGAGCAUUAUUUGAGAGAUGAUAUUUGGUGCGGAAGCGAAGUUUGUACUGAAUGCAAACAGGAGUCUACUGUGCUCCAGAGGGACACAUGCAUUGAGAGCAACCUCUGCGCUUAUCCACAUUAUCUGAUACCUGACACUAACGUGGUACUACAUCAGAUCGAUGUAUUGGAGGACCCUGUGAUUCGUAAUGUCAUUAUCCUUCAGACUGUACUGCAGGAGGUUCGUCAUCGCAGUGCACCGGUUUAUAAACGUAUUAAAGACAUCAUACAUGAGAAAGAAAAACACUUCUACACCUUUACUAAUGAACAUCACAGAGAGACAUUCAUUGAGCGUGAACCAGGUGAGAGCGCUAAUGACCGUAAUGAUCGAGCAAUCCGUGUAGCAGCCACAUGGUACACUCAACACCUCAAGACAUCUGAGUCUGCGGCAGAUGGGCUCAAGGUGGUCCUCCUCACCAAUGACCAAGGGAACAAGCAGAAGGCAGCAGAGAGUGGCCUGCUGGUGUUCAAAUGUGAAGAGUACAUUAAGAGUCUGAUUGCAAAUCCUGAGCUCGUGGAUCGUCUGGCAUUGACCAAUGAUGAAAAAAAUGAGAUCACCAGUAGUAAAGUGUUAUUCCCAGAGCAUCUCCCUCUGUCCAGGAUCCAAGCAGGUAUCAAGAGUGGCUCCUUCCUCCAGGGCACCUUCAGGGCCAGUAGGGACAACUACUUGGAGGCCACUGUGUUUGUCCCAGGCGAGGGGGAAGACAGCACAGAGGUUCUCCUUCAAGGUCUUCAGAACCUCAACAGAGCAGUGCAUCAAGAUGUGGUUGCUGUGCAGCUUUUGCCACGGGAUCACUGGGUGGCCCCAUCUUCAGUUGUGCUUCAGGAUGAAGGCAUGGCAAAAGAUGAAAAUCCUGAAGAAGAGGAGGAAGAGAAGGCUCUGAGGUUGUCGGCACUUGAAGCAGCCAAGAAGCCCACAGGCAAAGUGGUGGGAAUCAUUAAAAGGAACUGGAGGCCAUUCUGUGGCAUGCUCAAUGUCUCCCAGAUUAAAGAGUCAACACGCCAUCUGUUCACCCCAGCAGACCGCCGUAUCCCACGUAUUCGCAUUGAAACACGUCAGGCAUCCACACUGGCUGGCCAAAGGAUUAUGGUGGCCAUUGAUGGCUGGCCCAAAGACUCCAGAUAUCCAAAUGGUCACUUUGUACGCAGCCUGGGAGGUGCAGGUGAAAAGGACACCGAAGAGGAAGUUCUGCUACUUGAACAUGAUGUUCCCCACCAGGCCUUCUCUCAAGCUGUGCUCAGUUUUCUUCCCAAGAUGCCUUGGGCCAUCACACCAGAGGACAUGAAGCAAAGACAAGACCUGAGGCAGCUGACGGUGUGCAGUGUGGAUCCUCCAGGAUGUACCGACAUAGAUGACGCCCUGCACUGUAGAGAGCUGGACAACGGAAACCUUGAAGUGGGUGUCCACAUCGCUGAUGUCAGUCACUUCAUCAGACCUGGCAAUGCUCUUGAUAAAGAGGCUGCCAACCGAGGGACCACUGUCUACCUGUGUGGAAAGAGGAUAGACAUGGUUCCCGAGCUGCUCAGCUCAAACCUUUGUUCACUGCGCUCCAAUGUCGAGAGGUUGGCCUUUUCAUGCAUAUGGGAAAUGAAUCAUGAGGCUGAAAUUCUGAAGACCUGGUUCACAAAAAGUAUCAUUAACUCUAAGGCCUCUUUGACAUACGCUGAAGCCCAGAUGAGGAUCGAUGACACGACCAUGAAUGAUGAUAUCACCAAGAGUCUGCGGGGUCUCAACAAACUAGCAAAAAUCCUCAAGAGGCGGAGAAUAGAGAACGGAGCUCUUACAUUGUCAUCACUGGAGGUCCGUUUCCACAUCGACAGUGAAACCCAUGACCCUAUUGACCUCCAGACCAAAGAACUUAUGGAGACCAACUCCAUGGUGGAAGAGUUCAUGUUGCUGGCCAAUAUUUCAGUCGCCCAAAAGAUCUAUGAUGAAUUUUCGGAGUGUGCUCUGUUGAGGAAACAUCCAGCACCGCCUCCAUCCAACUACGACAUCCUCAUCAAGGCUGCAAAGUCUAAGAAUGUGGCGAUCCACACAGAUUCAGCCAAGGCGCUGGCAGACUCCCUCGACAUGGCCACAGUGGACAGCUUCCCAUACUUCAAUACACUUCUGCGUAUCUUGGCUACUCGCUGUAUGAUGCAGGCUGUCUAUUUUUGCUCCGGCAUGGACAGUGAUUUCCACCACUACGGUCUUGCUUCACCCAUCUACACACACUUCACAUCACCUAUUAGGAGAUAUUCGGAUAUUAUAGUCCAUCGGCUGCUGGCAGUAGCUAUCGGAGCAGACAGCACCUACCCUGAUUUGAUGGACAAACACAAACAGUCUGCCCUUUGCAAUAACCUCAACUACAGACACAAAAUGGCCCAGUAUGCUCAGAGAGCCUCUGUGGCGUUCCACACACAGUUGUUCUUCAAGACUCGGGGCGUUUUAAAUGAAGAAGGAUUUGUUCUGUUUGUGAGGAAGAACGCAAUCAUUGUGCUCAUCCCGAAGUUUGGGAUGGAAGGAACAGUCUUCUUCGACUCCAAAGACAAAACUGCUCCAAACCUUGUUUUUGAUGAAGAGGGUCCAACUCUGACAGUAGAGCAGCACACCUUUCAUAUAUUUGACAAGGUGAAGGUCACCAUCAGUCUAGACGCCUCCAAUAUUCAGCAUCAGAAGAUCCGCAUGGCUCUGAUCGAUCCUGUGAUCUCUGGUGUGAGUGUCCCAGCUGAAGACCUUGAGCCACAGUCCAAGAAAUCCAAAUUGGACCGCUAACCGAAAGAGCAACUCCUCAACCACCACCAGCUGCUGUUUCAGAUUAAGACAUCCUACAAAAAAAUUCUAAGGACUAGUUCAGUAUUCGUAAUGAGUUUCCUCAGUUAACUGUUUCUUAUGAAGCAAAUGUGUUCUUUUUAUGAAUUGACUUCAGUUGUUUUUCACUGUUUCCAUUUUUAUUUUGUGACAGCUGCAAAGGACUGUAAAUGCUAAAUCCAUGCAUCUUUAUCUCAUUGCCAUUGUUACUCAAGAUAUUUUUUUUCUUUUUAAAAGGUUCAGAUGCUCUGAAUUUACUCAGUAUAUAUUUGUUCUUGUACAGGACCGGCCAACAUGGCUGCAUUAUUUUAUUGUUGUUGUUUUUGAUUUUUCUGAAUGACAAAUAGUUAAAAGCCUCACCUCCCAACAUUAUAAAAGUUAAGUAUUUUGGCAUCAUUAAUACACUCUAAUUACAAAAAGAUGAAAUAUAUUCAAAGAACAUCAAGAACAAGUUCAUUUCAAGUCUCUUUAAUAUGGUAACCAUCCAGCACACACUUUAUGUACAAAAAUAGGUAUGCAAAUGGCUCAGUCAGUUUUAAAUUUUCUAGUGGCAUUACUCUGUGUCUUAUUCUGGAAUAAAUAUUCUAAUCAUCAAAAUAAGAUCCACAAAUAACCUGAAUUGUAUCACUUGUUACAUAAUCCAACAAUAGAGGUAUAAAUCCCAUAAAAUCGUGCUCAUGAUUGUUUUUAUAAAUGCGUAAAUACAGUACACAUUAGAUUAUCUGAAUGGUGGAUCUGUCCAGCCAUCAGUAGUGUCAAGACCAUUA